UUCCCCCGCUGCAGCUUGUGCACGGAUAAUAAUGCAGAAAGUAGCCUAUUUGUAGUAUGCUUGUUUGUAACGGCGAAUUCUAAGUACGUCAUUAAUAUGGCGCCAAAAGAGUUUUAAGUAUGAGCUUAUUUUGUGGUAAGGUUGCAAGACUCGGCGUGUAUGCCUGUGCAAUCGCAUAGGAAGGAGAGUACGAAUGAGGUAGCUAGAGGGAGAAACCACGAAGUCGAAAUGUUUUGAAGCAGAACGUCGCGUAACUAACGUUAGCCAGUAAGCCUCUGUUUUAUUUCUUGUCACUGGAAAUGGUCGUUCUGUAUACACUUUCAAUUAAUCUAACAGAGGCAGUCAUGUGAUUUACAUUUAACAUUACCUGAUGGGUACAAGACUAAACCUGAACUACCAUCGAUAUGCGACAUGUUUUUUCAGUUUCAAUUAGUUAGCUUACCACGCUAGCCUGCUUAACACCAACACAAGCUACAGAUGCAAGCAAGGUUGCUGGUCCUUUCAGAUGGCGAUUUAAUAACAUUAUCUUGCUAAUUUGGAUUACGCGUGACACCCCGAGAAAGUCAGACAACUGUAAUAUUUAAACGAAGGCUGCGUAACCGUUCGUCGCAGUCUUCGGAGGAAAUUUGUUGAGUCGCGGAUAGAUCCUCCAGCCGAGUAAGACUGCCGUAAGGUAGUUUUAUUUUUCACUCUUGGGAGAGCAUCUUGGCUACGUACUGUCACAGCAGCAGUUGGACUCAUACUAACGUUUGCACCAACGUGGAAAGUCAGUGUUGGCUAACUAGCUAGCUGUCCAGCUGCACUGGUAUUUCACUAGUGACUUAUCAUUGAAGCUACAUGUGCGUAGCUUCAAAUGGUAUCCUGAUAUCCCGACAUCGUCCAGGACCGAGGACGUUACACUUUCUACAGUAAACUGAAACCAAGAUGGAGAGUGUGGUGAAGAAGAGAAGAAAGUAUUCAACUAGCAGCAAUGACUCGGACACCACUGACAGUCAUGUUACUUCCUGGUCAAAGUCUUCAAAGACGACUGGUACCAACAGCACAUGGGUUCGGCAGGAGCAGAGGAAACCCUCAGAGGUCUUCCGGACGGACUUCAUCACAGCCAUGAAGCUGCCUGACUCGGCCCAACUGGGCGCUGAGGACUUCUACGUGCUGUCCGACCCCUGGAGACAGGAGUGGGAGAAGGGGGUCCAGGUGCCCGCCAACAUGGAUGCCGUUCCCGAUCCCGUGGUCAGAAUGCUUCCAGAGACCAAUCGAAUUCCAUUCUACUCAACGCCCCACAUCAGACUGCACACGGAGUCUGACUCACGGAGCCUUGGUGAGCCACCCACCCGCUACGACCUGGAUGAUCUGGACGUCGCCUGGCUCGAGCUUGUCAACACAGAGUUUAGGGAGCUGGCACUGCCUGAGCUGGACGAGCUGAGUAUGGAGCGCGCGCUGGAGGAGCUGGAGCGCCAGUGCCAGGAGAAGAUGCAGCAGGCCAUCGAGACGGAGGAGGGCCUGGGCAUCGAGUACGACGAGGACGUGGUGUGCGACGUGUGCCGCUCGCCCGAGGGAGAGGACGGCAAUGAGAUGGUCUUCUGCGACAAGUGCAACAUCUGUGUGCAUCAGGCCUGUUACGGGAUCCUGAAGGUGCCACAGGGCAACUGGCUGUGCCGCACCUGUGCCCUAGGGGUGCAACCCAAAUGCCUUCUGUGCCCCAAGAGGGGAGGAGCGCUGAAACCCACACGCAGUGGAACCAAGUGGGUCCAUGUCAGUUGUGCCUUAUGGAUCCCUGAGGUAAGCAUUGGCUGUCCUGAGAAGAUGGAGCCCAUUACUAAAGUGUCUCACAUCCCAGCCAGUCGGUGGGCUCUGUCCUGCAGUCUAUGUCGGGAGCACACAGGCACUUGCAUACAGUGCUCCAUGCCCUCAUGUGUUGUGGCGUUCCACGUAACGUGCGCCUUCGACCACGGCCUGGAGAUGCACACCAUCCUGGCGGAGAACGACGAGGUGCGCUUCAAGUCCUACUGCCUGGAGCACAGCUACAACACGGGGGCCGAGCGGCGGCCGGAGCACCGGCCCGACGCGCCCACCCCCACCCCCGACCGGCAGAAGGCCAGCCAGCGCAAGCAGAAGCUGCAGGAGCUGGAGGACGAGUUCUACCGGCUGGUGGAGCCCAAGGAGGUGGCCGACAAGCUGGGUCUGCCCGACGCCCACGUGGACUUCCUCUACCAGUUCUGGAAGCUGCGGCGGAAGUCCAACUUGAACAAGCCGCUGGUGGCCGCCAAGCGGGACGAGGUGGACAACCUGGCGCAGCAGGAGCAGGACGUGCUCUACCGCCGCCUCAAGCUCUUCACACACCUGAGGCAGGACCUGGAGAGGGUGAGGAACCUGUGCUACAUGGUGACGCGACGAGAGAAGAUGAAGCACUCCCUGUGUGACCUCCAGGAGAAGAUCUUCCAACUGCAGAUCCAGCUGAUGGAGAAGGACCUGGCAGGAGAUAAAACUCUGAAAGGAGAGAAGGGAAGGAAACCGAACGGCGUGAAGGAGCGCAGCAAGGAGCGCCGGAGCGAAGGAACCAAGGAGCGCUGGAAGUCGGACAACGGCUCUCUGCUCAGGCAGCUGGGUGUCCCUCUGGACGGCUCUUUGUUUGACAGCUGGCUGGCCCAGCCGGUGCAGAUCACGGCCGACGACAUGCUGAGCCGCUGGACGCUGGAUGGCGAGCGGCGUGACACCACGGCCAGCCUGCUGUCCCACCAGCUGCUGCAGGGCGAGCAGAACCUGCUCAACCUCAUGAUGGACCACUCCAUGCAGUCCGCCUGGAAGACCCCCCAGCUGGGUCGCAAGGCCCGCACCAAACCCCGUGCCAGGGCCCACAAGGACUCCACCUCCUCCUCCUCCUCGUCUACCGCCACCGGGGGGAUUCCUGCGGUGGCCAAGGGGUUCCGCGGGGUGUGCGAGGAAGGACUUGUGCCCGGGCAUGCAGGUCGGCACGGGGAGAGACUUCGGGCCACCAGAACCCUGCUGUAUCACCACCACCACCACACCCGGCACGGUGCCGAGGCCCAGCCGGAGCCCCUGCAGCCCCCCACCUCCAAAAUGGACUCCUGUCACAUCUCCGACGAGAGAGGCCCGUGGCACCUGCACGCGGGGCAGUCCACCGCGGGCCCGGAGCCCGGAGGACCGGCUUCGGCAGUACCGGAGCCCCCAGAGUCGGCAGUGGGCGCUGCAGGCAGACCGGCUCUGCGGCCGCGGCUAACGCGACAGGGCAAGUCCCGAUCGAAGGGGGGCGGCGGGCAGGAGUGCGCAGAACCAGACCGUGACUCGGAGCGACCCGAGGAGCCUGCGCUGCUCACAGGGGCCGCGCUGAUGGCCGCCGGCGCGAACGGUUUCUUCUCGGACGCUGAGCGGAGUGCAAACGACUCUCGUCCGACCAGCCGCAAACUCCGCCUUGGCCAGUUGCUUGCUGGGAACGAGGAGGUGUUGCGACGGAGCGUGCUGGCCUCAUGAGGGAAGGAUGUAUCUCCUGCUGCCGCGGUCACAGGCCGUUCCCCACCCUGCCCUCAGUACAGUGUACACAGUUCUAGGUUCCUCUGUUUGCUUACCUGUCUAUAGAUCGCUUUAUAGAACCAAAUCUGUAUAACCCUGUCAAACUGCUAUCUGCUACAUUAAGAAGCUGAUGUCUUAGUCCUAGGUGGCUUAGUCCUUUGGCUGCAUUAAGGCAACAUAACCAUUUGUGCUUUUGAAACAUCAAACAAACAAAAAAACGAAGAAAAAAAAAAACCGCUGUAUGUUGAACAUAAGUGAGACUGGCCCUCAGCGUGGCGCUUGUGUUCUAUUUGUCCUCAUUGGAUGUUGAAGUGGACAUGGGAAGCCAUGUGAUCCGGCACACUGGCAGCUUCUGGAAGGGUGGGAAGCCCUGGGACGGGGAUGAAUCAUUAGGGGCAUUAUUAGCUGGGGUAGAUUCUUCCUCUUUACGAACCUGAGAUGAAUUUGACAAGUCCAGUGGAUGUGUCUCAUUUAAAGCCUUGUCGUUGUUGAACUUGUAUAGAGAAUAUCAGAUUUCUAAGCCUAUAAAAAGCACAAUUAGUUCAACAGGGACUGUGGGAAAACUCACUCAUCGACGGGAUACACAAACACACACACACCCAACACACUCACAGACACACAGGUGUACGAAACCUGUAAUCAGACACUCCUAUACAGAUAAAGAGAAAACAUCAAAGCGAAUCCCUCCUUGAUUCGUAGCCUAUUUAGUUGAAGUGGACUGUCUUUGAUAAGUCUCUGAAUUCUGAAUUCACUCUGAAUUCCCUCUCCUGUUGGCCCAAGCGUACAUAUAUCAAAGCUAUCCUUCAAUCUUCAAUUGUUCUUUAAUGAAAAGGUGCCUUCUGUCAUCCCCCCCCCCCCCCCCCCCUCAAACAAGGUAAAUAAUCAUGUCCUAGUGUAAUUUGUUACAAUCACAGGGACACUGAAAUGGAAAUCAACAAAUGAACAGCAGGUCCCAAUCUUAUUGUUGUGCCUACAAUAUAUGCCUAAAAUGUAUAUGAAUGCAGCAUUUGCCAUUUAUCAACCCAGCAACAAACAAGUCCACAAAAAUGAUAUCAUACCCAAGCAAAUCGCUGCUAUGAAAUGAAAACUAAAACCAUGCCUUCAAUCGGAGUAAUCAUAGGAUUAGUCUCAAAGUCCAAUAGGUGAAUCAUGCUCUUUGGAAAUGGCUUUGUGCUCAUGCAUUUUUUUGUCUUUUGCAAUUUGUAUUUUAUACUUCUAGUGGUCCAUGGUAUUUUCUCAGGGUUAUAGAUAUGAGGGUUGAAAACUCAAUCGAAGAAAAGUAAAGCAGACAUUCAUAUUUUAUACGCAAACGUAUAGAAUUGCUCCUUUGGCAAAAGUCACUGUUUGAAAUCUGACUACUGAGGGUGUUCUCUCUGAGGCUAAAAGGCUGUUUUGUUUUUGGUUCCUUUUUGUUUUUUUAUUUGUUUGUUUCGUUGUAUUGUUCUUUAAUUCCGCUUCGACAAUGCCAAAGAUCAGUGCGUUGACCACAGCACCGUAUAACGCUCUCCUGUGUCAAGAAGUAAAAACUUAAGUCACGUCGAUACGAUAGGAUGGAGAGCGGUCCGUGCCACCUUCGAGCCGGCAUGGUGUGCCGUGGGCCGCAGGUCGCCCCCACCCACCACGCUCCCCACCAGCACACUUGGGUGUGUUCCUACAGCCCCAAACCCCAACGGUCACCACCACCACCACCACCACCACCCAGCCGCCCAUCACAAAGCAAGCCCUCCCCCUUUGACAGGAGGGGCUCUCAAAGCUCCAACUCUUGAGCACUGAGCCCCAACACACCACACCACACACACCACACCGUCAGACUGGCCGCACCUCUGCGCCACCCCGACACUGGCACUUCUGGGUUCUGUUCAGGAGCACAGACGCUCUUCUCAUUCCCAGUGGUUGUUUUCUUAAUAGUUUGUUCUUGUAAGGCUUCAGACCUGCAAGACCGUAUAUAGCGGACCUCCAUCAGGUCCCUCUAUGCUCCGUGUGACAGCCCGUGUGGCCUCAGCCGGCUGCCCCAGUCAUGUCUGGGAAGUUAGGGGACGAGGAGGAGGAGGAGAAGAAGGGGCGUAUAUGCUUCUCCAUCUUCUAAAGCCACACACCUCUCCAUCUGAUGGCUGUGUUUACUCAUUGCAAACACAAUGAACAGUCACAAGGGUUAAGUGAUUGUUUUCUUUCUUUCAGUUUUUUUAGUUCAAUGUAGUCCAUGUAGCCCGGGCCGUUCAGAGCUGCCCGGCUUGUCGUAGAGAGCAGGUUCAGAGCUGCCCGGCGUGUCGUAGAGAGCAGGUUCAGAGCUGCCCGGCGUGUCGUAGAGAGCAGGUUCAGAGCUGCCCGGCGUGUCGUAGAGAGCAGGUUCAGAGCCGGCCGGCGUGUCGUAGAGAGCAGGUUCAGAGCCGGCCGGCGUGUCGUGGAGAGCAGGUUCAGAGCCGGCCGGCGUGUCGUAGAGAGCAGGUUCAGUAGCCGCAGCCUCACAGCUGCUCACAGAAAUGGUAGAUUUGACUUUUACUUUUCUUCUCCACGUAGGGAUUUUUUUUUGCAAGUAACUGGAGUCCAAGGGCCCUGCAGUGUGUAGCCAGGAUGGGGGAUAGGGGACAGGGAGAGGGGACAGGGAGAGGGCGUAUUAAGGGAGCAAGGGCUCUCUCCCUUCCCAGCCUCCGUUGACAACAUUUGAGGCGUCCUCCGUCUCAGAGCCACACUCUAUAGCUGCAGCUAACAGGCCCGCUCCAAUGAUUAGCUGCUUAGUCCCACGUGGACAUUAACUCCAGGCUGUAGUGGAACUGCCAUGAUCUGGGUUUUAGUAUGCACCAACAGUUAUGUAUAAUACUGUACUACUAGCACCGCUGUUUAACCCCUCCACCCCAGUGUAAAAGGCUUUCUAGCUGUUACAUAUGCUUCAACCGUAAGUCAUAUACUAUAACGAUGACUUUGUACUCUCUUCAGUCCGACCACUUCCGCACGUGCGUCGCCAACACUUCCUCACAGCGAAGCCUUUUCUCUUGGGCCCAAUCCCCACAGAGUAAUGCUUCCAGCCUCCCAGAAAUCCAUAGCCGCCCGCCCACCCACCCACCCACCCCCUCCGUCACCACCACCACCACCACCACUAAAAGCACAGCAGGGAAAGACUAUCGCAGGCGGUGAAGCGUAGUAUAGCGGGAGAGAUGACUGCCGAGUCACAGCGUUGUGUGUUCCCUCUUCCUUAAGGGUUUUUCCAGGGGUGAUCACAGCAGGCUGAGCCCCAGUGCUGCGUUCUCACCUUAGGGAGGGGUUCCGCUGUCCCCUCUCUGGCGUCAUCUUUUGAGAGCUCCAUGCACGAGAGCAAGUGUGAGAGCUACUGAGCAGUGGACGAUGGUCAGGAGCAGGAGGCCACAGCAGGGGGGCCUGUCUCUGGGUCUUAGUCAGAUAGGGUGGCCCCUGUGCCUUCGUUGUGUCUUAGGCAGCUAACAGGCACAGGGGGACCCACUGCACUUAACCACUCGCCGUUCCUCUCCGUGCACUCACUCCGAUUUCCACCUGUCAUUUCGACAGAACGCGGUUCUGCUGUUAGGGUGCGCUUUUUUUUUUUGGUUCUGAGGAAGCGAAACUGGCACAUGAAGUAAUCGCAUACUAUCUUCGAAAGGGUUCUGAGUUUGGUGGUCACUCCAGUUGGUUGUCUGUCCUGCUGGCAUUCACACCCCUCCCCUGACCUGCCCUGCAUGCACUCUCAGACCUGUUCUCAGGUCUGAACCUUGCACUUAGCUGCUGCACUUAUAUCAGUCAAUCUCCGCCUUCAAGCCAAGAAGCGUGCAACGCUUCAGUUAUCGUGCAGCUCUGUGCUUGUUUUGCCCCCACCCCACCCACACACUCUCCAUUCAAAACAACAAUCCGAUUGGGCAGCGUCAUGUCUCAUCACUCCACGCUGGCCCCUCUUCACUCUUCUGUCAGGCACAUGUUUCAUAUUCAAUCAGCAGUUGUUCUCUCUCCGACGUGAUCAGGACGUGGCGUCGGGCCUCACUCCCUCUGGUCCUGUGAUCGCCGCCGUGUUUCCAUUCCUUGCGCGUUUUAGGCUCUGCGUCAGUUAUUGAUAUGAUAAAUAUGAAUGUUGCAGGAGUUUACCCUUCUGUAUUCUUUGUUUCAAAGAAUGUUGUGCCAUUUGUUAAUAGCAGAGAGAAAUAUUGAACAUAUAUUGAAAAAAAAAAAGAAGAGCUAUUAUAAAUUAUUUUUUUGGCUUUUUUUGCUAUAUUUAUUUUCUUGUAUUAGAAUCUUCUUUGUAGGAGGAAAAAGAAAAAAAAAUGUAUUUUUCAUUAGUGCAAGAACCUAUUUUUUCCUUUUUGUACAUUUUUUCCAUGUUAAGCAAUCUUUGAAGCAAUAUGAUGUUUCGAUGUUACUGUACCUGCAUGCUGUUUGUGUUGCCUUAACGACGGCUGUGUCUACUUUGGCCCCUCCCACCUGUCCAUCACUCGCCCGCACUCUGGCGUGGUUGACCAGUGCAGUCAAUAAACCAGUGCUUUCUGUGUA